AUGAGGCCGCAGCCAGUGUCCGGCAAGGUCUUCAUCCAGCGGGACUACAGCAGCGGCACCCUGUGCCAGUUCCAGACCAAGUUCCCCGCCGAGUUGGAGAAUCGGAUUGACCGGCAGCAGUUUGAAGAAACAGUUCGUACCCUAAAUAACCUUUAUGCAGAAGCAGAAAAGCUGGGGGGCCAAUCUUACCUUGAAGGCUGUUUAGCUUGUUUAACGGCAUAUACUAUCUUUUUGUGCAUGGAAACACAUUAUGAGAAGGUUCUGAAGAAAAUCACCAAAUAUAUUCAGGAACAGAAUGAGAAGAUUUACACUCCACAGGGCCUCCUUCUGACAGACCCAAUUGAGAGAGGACUUCGUGUUAUUGAAAUUACCAUUUAUGAAGACAGAGGCAUGAGCAGUGGAAGAUAAACCAUGGAGUCUAAGAGUCCAUCUCAGAAUGGGAUUCUCUUCUGUCCACCGGCCAACUGCAGAGUGUCCCCUACCUCCUCUCCAAGCAUCAUUCCUUUGUAUCUGCUGCCAGAGCCACGGUGCCAUUCUACUCCAAGGACUAACUUUCUAAAAUUCCGCUCCUGGGGUGACAUCUAGUCGCUCAGCAUCCACUUUGUGUCUUUAAACUGUGUAGGACUCUGUAAUCUUUGUAGUUAUUUCUGAGAAAAUAUAAUGAAGCAUUUCACUUUUUUAAUUCAGAACAAUUUAAUAAAAUGAGCUGUGUAAAUCAGCCCAAUCCAAAA